AUGCCAAACAUCAAGUGGAACUUCGAUAAAGGUGAGCCAGAACCAGAGGUAGAAAAACCUGCCUGGCUUGAGCCGUUCGAUUGUAAUGGACGCUUCAAAGCGCGGUACGAUCUACUGCCCAUGGAAUUGAUUUUGAUUAUUUUCAAACAAAUUACCGCGAGUGAUCGCCUAGCCGCUGGCGCUACCUGCCGACGAUGGAUGGAAGCAUCCCACUACUAUGAACCGUUUCUCGACCAAAUCCAGUACCAUUUCGAUCGGAUAGAGUUCGGUGAUCAUGUCGGCCCUUUGAAGUACUUCAGCCAGGGUUUUCGUUACUAUCCGCGGUUGAUUUUCACCCAGGUCGACUUCAACAAACAUAGUGAUUUCUGGUGCAACCAUGGCCUAUGGAUAACCGAACUGACGCUGCGCUCGUGCAAAAUCAAAAAGAAGAAAUUUAUCUCGAUCAUGCGAAAUCUGCUGAACCUCCGGCGUCUUGAGCUGAUGUGCUGUGACGAAUUGUUCAAAUCGUGGACCUUGGAAUACAACACGGAGGAACCAAUGUUUCCAUUUUUCCUCUUCUGCCUGCGACAUCUGUCACUCUCUGGUUGUGAUUAUUUCAACGAGUAUCACUUCGAGCGCUUCAUUACCAUGGCACCGAAUCUAAGGUCGAUCGAUGUUUCCAACUGCUUUAUCAACCUGUAUCUGUCGAAACGAAUCACGAUGCUAGAUCGCGUCAUGAAACUGAUCAAUCGCAAUCGUUACCUCAUGAAGGAACUCAACCUGGCGGACACUCCGUGUGUUGAUGAUUUCAUAUGGCAUUGUUUGUGCGAAAUCGAAGAUCUUCAGUUGUCGCAUUUCUCGGUGGCGUACAGCGAUCGAGUACCAACGAAAGAUCCCGGCAUUAUUCGGUUCUUCAGUCUGCAAACCCAGCUCACCCAUUUAGAUUUGACAGGUUCAAUCGGGCUGAACGACGAAUGCUUGCAGAUUAUCAUAACCAGUUGCCCACUUUUGCACACCUUGAAAAUCCGAAGGUGUUGGUUGAUCAGUGACGAAGGGGUUGCGGAUAUGCACACAAUGCAGCAUCUCCAAGUGUUGGAUAUAUCUAACUGUGAACGCAUCAGUGACUAUGGCAUUAUGACGGGAAUAGUCGGCAAACGUCCUAGGAUAGUAACUGAACUCUAUCUGAAUCUGCUGAAUAAUUUGACGGAUUCUACACUGUACUAUAUGCUGGUUACAUUCAAAAACAUUCAGAUAUUGGAUUUGGAUAGUACAACGAACUGUGUUACGGAUGCCUCCAUUCAAUACAUUGCCUGUUAUCUACACAACUUGAAAUACCUCAAUGUUACCGCUUGCACGCAGUUGACAGAUGCUGGCUUCACCGGAAUCGAUCUUCCGCAGAAAACCUUCGCCAUAUGGGAUAUUGCGGAGACCUUCUCGAUCGAUAGGCUGAAAAAGCUUCGCAUAUUGAAGGUGUCGGGUUGCUUCAAAAUAACGGACUUUUCCCUGCGAUAUGCCUUCCGCUUUAUGGAACUGAAGGAACUCUCUAUUUCACGGUGUCAUCAGAUUUCGAAGCAAGGUAUCGAGAAACUAGUAACGAGUUGUCCUGCCUUGGAGUUCCUGGAUUUAAGUGAAUGCCAAAAUAUAAACGAUUACUGCGUGGAACUGAUAGCCAUUAACUUGAAACGGUUGAGCACACUGAAGUUAUCCAACUGCCCGCUGGUUAGCGAAGUCGGACUUGGUUUUCUUUCGGUCCACUGCAAAAAUUUGAAGUAUUUGUACGUUAGGGGAUGUUUUAAGCUGCCACCAGAUGUAAUGGAGCGUUUGUCUAAUAUUACAACGUUACGUCAAGUUUACAAAUCUUAGAUAGAGCUUUAGUGUCACGUCAAUUCUUAG